AUGAUCACAGACGCCCAACUCUACUCGCUGGCCAUCUUCCUCGGAAGCGCUGCCAUGCUCCUCAUCGUCCUCUACCACUUCCUCGAAGUCAACUCGGAGGAACACGCAGCGCUUGAGAAGCCAAAGGUCGCAGCCGGCAAGGUCAAGGCCUAA